ACCCGGCCAUUCCUGCUCGCCCGGCCCGGUGGGUGCCCGGUCCCUCGGGUCCCUCGGAGCCCUCGCAGCCCUCGCCCGGCCGAUGCGGAGGGUCCCGCGGGGAGCCCGCAGCCUGCACGCCCGUCUGUCCGCGCCGCCGCCCCGCAAUGCUCACAGCGGUCUGCGGCUCUUUGGGGACCCAACCCUCCGAUGCGCCCCGCGCCUCCCCGACCCACCUGGACCUCCAGCCGCUCCAGCCCUUCCAGCCCCACGGCAGCGCCCCGGUGGGUGCCUCCCCGCACCCCGACUUUGCUUCGCCGCUUCCCACCCCGGAGCUGCCGCUGGCGGGCCCUGACGCUGCCGCCUUCGCCAACCCCGGCACCUUCGAGCCACAUGGCGCCGCGCGGUUAGAGCUGCCCGCCGACGGCGCUUACGCCAAGCUGCUGCCCGCCACGCCGGACAUGGCGCAUCCCUACGAGCCUUGGUUUCGACCCCCCCAUCCCGGCCCCCCAAGUGAAGAAGGAGGCAUCAACUGGUGGGAUCUCCACGCCGGAGCCAGUUGGAUGGAGCUGCCCCCCGCUCAGGGUGGGGGGCUGCAGGUACCGGGGCACCCGGGGCUGCCGCCAGCCCUGGGGGGGUACGGUGGAGGGGAGCACCAGCUCUGCGCCCCCCCUGCCCACCUGCUGCCCCCCCCGAGCCAGCACCUGCUGGGAGCCGAUGGGGCAAAGGCGCUGGAGGGGCCCCCGGAGCCGCGUGGGCCGGAGGCGGAGGGCGGGGGGCGCCCCAAAGGUGCCCGUCGCGCGGUGCCGCGGGGCGGGGGGCAAGCGGCGUGUCGCUGCCCCAACUGCCAGGAGGCGGAAAGGGGGGGUCCGUGCCCGGAGGGGGCGAAACGCAAGCACCUACACAACUGCCACAUCCCCGGCUGCGGGAAGGCGUACGCCAAGACGUCCCACCUGAAAGCCCACCUGCGCUGGCACAGCGGCGACCGACCCUUCGUCUGCAAUUGGCUCUUCUGCGGCAAACGCUUCACGCGCUCCGACGAGCUCCAGCGGCACCUCCAGACCCACACGGGCGCCAAGAAAUUCGCCUGCCCCGUCUGCGGGCGCGUCUUCAUGCGCAGCGACCACCUGGGCAAGCACAUGAAGACGCACGACGCCGGCAAGGACGGCGGCGAAGGCGAAGCCAAAAGCGCCGGGGAUGCCAACGCCGCCAAGGGAGGCAAGAGGGAGGCGGAGGGGGGCAACGCCACCCCCACAAACUGAGCUGCCGAAC